UUCCCCAGCGCCGCACCAGCUCCAAAAUUUCCCCAUCGGAAACCCUCGCCGCACCGACCCACCAUGCCGCCGCCGCCGGCAUCGGCGCUGCCGGACGAGCUCCUCGAGGAGGUCUUCUUCCGCCUCCCGCCGGACGAGCCGGAGCACCUCCUGCGCGCCUCCCUCGUCAGCAAGGUCUGGCUCGGCCUCCUCUCCGCCCCUCGCUUCCGUCCUCGUUACCGCGACUUCCAUGGAGCUCCCCCAAUGCUGGGCAUCCUGUCUUCCCGGCGCUCCAACUCCGUCGACGAGGUGGAAGACAACAUCCCGCACUUCAUCCCCACCACGAAAUUCCGCGUGCGCAUUCCGGGCGACACCUGGGGGGACUGGCGCUACGCCGCGCGGGACUGCCGCCAUGGCCGCGUCCUCCUCGGCAACGAGACCUACCAGCCCGUCCCGCUCGUCGUCUGGGACCCCAUGACGGGCCGCCGGAGGGAGCUGGACCCGCCCUUCCUGGUGGGCGGCGCCCAUGGCUAUGGGGCGGCGGUGCUCUGCGCCGUGGCCGGCUGUGACCACCGUGCGUGCCACGCGGGCCCCUUCCAGGUGGCCUUCGUCGGCGUGGACAAGAUUAAAGAUGGCGAAUUUUUCGCAAGCGCGUGCGUGUCCUCGCCGGUGACGGGUGAUUGGAGCAAGCCAUGCCAUUAUUCUCAUUAUGAUGAAUGGAGCGAGCCGUGCUCUCGUCUUCAUCUUGGGUCUAACUCAUUUUGGGCCGAAAUGCCCCCUGUCUUCGUCCAAGGCGCACUUUACUUCAAGUUUAUGUCUCAGGAAGAUGAUCACAUAGCAAUUCUCAAGUAUGACUUGGGAUCUAACUGCUUAUCGCUGAUCGAUGCGCCGUUGGCGGGAUCUGUCCUUCUCAAUGCCACUAUCCUCAUGGCGAUGGACUAUAACAGUUUGGGGUUUGCACAUGUGGACAAGUUUACCCUCCACUUGUGGUCAAGACAGAGGGGUUCCGACAAAAUUGCGUCAUGGGCUCAACGUUCUGUCAUCAAUCUUGAUAACCUUCUGCCCAUUCAAAAUCCCAAUAAGAGAUUUAGACUGAUUGGAUCUGUGGAGGGCAGUGAUAUCAUUUUCGUGACCAUGGGCCUUCACAUCUAUGAGAUUAGUCUCAAGACAUUACGGUGGAAGAAGCUACAGAAGAGAGAAAAGCUUUGUGAUUUGAUUCCGUACAUGAGUUUCUACAAUCCACAAGAAAGAGUGAUUCCCAGUGAUGCGGCGCAUUGACAAUGUAUGGUUGAGUAUGCUUAGGGUAGGCGGACACUCUCAGCAACAAGAAAGACGACCAAAUUGGAGGCGGCGAGGGUCUUUUGAUGAAUUAUGUCACUAUUUAGGAGCUGAUUUGGGUGCAGUGGUGCUUGUUUUCUCGUAUUGUUGUAAGCUUUUGCCACUAAGCUUUGAUAAUGUCCCUGUGUGGUUGGCAUUCGUAAGCGGGUGAAUGUGUUAUCUUGUAAUGAACCUCUAAUUUUCUUGCAGCAUCACAUAUGUGCUCUGUUUUUUCUA